GCUGCGCUCCGCAGAAACUUUCUCGCCGGCUCUCUCGCUCGGGCGAGUUGCUCCGGGGCGCCCUUGCCCGCGUUCCUCCCAUCUCUCGGAGACUUCCUGCAGCUGGUGCCCGCGCGUCUCCCUCGGCGAUCUCUCGCCCGCCCGGGCUUCCUCGCGCGCUUUUCCGCCGCAGGGGUCCCGGCAGGUGGCCCCGCGCCCGCUCGCCCUGGCGGCCUGCUGGCUGCUCAAGAGGCAGGGAUGGGGGGCCGCCCAGGGAGUGUUCGCCCCGUGCCUGCCCACGCCGAGGGCCAAGCGCUCGCCGCCCGCCCCCGGCGGCACUCAGGAGAUGCAGAGCAAGGGGGGCCCGGCUGAGAGCAUGGCGCUGCCCGUCCCGGGCGAGCCGGGCGAGAACCUGCGCCGCCUGCGGAGGAGGAAGGUCCUGCUGGGCGAGGAACGGAAGCUGGCCGGCUGGGCGCUGGGCACAGCCCUCGUGGGCAUCCUUCUGAUGGUUCUGCACACCGAGCUGGCGUGGUUCGGGCACUGCCAGUCCUUCCAGCUACAGGAAGAGACAGGAGAUCAUGCUGAGUGGCGUGGGAAGUGCGGACAUUCCCCCGAACAGUGGUUUGCCUAUUCCUUUCUGGUGAAGUGCCUCAUCACCCUCUCCACAGCGGGACUGCUGAUCCUGAUCCUGGCGUUCCACAUCAAGGAGAUCCAGCUCUUCAUGCUGGACAACUCCCUGACCGACUGGCGGAUCGCCGUCAGUGCCCCGAAGCUGGGCCUGAUCGCGCUGGAGCUGCUGGUGUGCUCCCUCCACCCGUUCCCCGACGGAGACUUCCCCUGCCUGGACCCCACGCCCGAGCAGACGUUCCUGUUCCUCUCGGACGCCGACAUGCUGCUCUCGCUGCUGAUGUUCCUGCGCCUCUACCUGCUGCCCCGGGCUGUGCUGCUGCGCAGCAGCGUGCUGGGGGACGCCUCCUACCGCAGCAUCGGCUCCCUCAACAAGAUCCACUUCCAGUACCCCUUUGUGCUGCGGGUGCUGGUGAACAGCCAGCCGGGGCGGGCGCUGCUGAUCUUCACCAUGGGGCUCUGGCUCAUCGCCUUCUGGGUGCUGUCCGUCUGCGAACGGAAGCAUAUGAAAGAGAAUGAGUACCUGAGCGACACAUUUUGGCUGAUUCCCAUCACUUUCCUGACCAUUGGCUACGGGGACGUGGUGCCGGUGACGGCGUGCGGGAAGGUGGUGUGUCUCUUCACUGGUGUCAUGGGAGUGGGCUGUACGGCGCUCCUGGUGGCUGUUGCAGCGGAUAAACUGGAAUUCAGCAGGGCUGAGAAACAUGUGCAUAACUUCAUGAUGGACAUCCAGUGCGCCAAAGAGAUGAAAUGCUCAGCUGCCAACGUACUGCAAGAGGCCUGGCUGUUAUACAAGCACACCAAGAGGAAGGACGGCCUGCGAGCACGCAAGCACCACCGGAAGCUGCUGGCAGCCAUCCACAUGUUCAGACAUGUGAGGAUGAAGCACCGGAAGAUCCGAGAUCAAGUCAACACCAUGGUGGAUAUUUCUAAGAUGCAGAUGAUCAUGUGUGACCUCAGCUCCAGCCUUAGCAGCUCUCACCGGGAGCUGGAGAAGAGGAUCGAGUCCCUGGACAGGAAGCUGGAUGAGAUGACCAGGCUGCUCUCGGCCCUGGUGGAGUCGACGCAGCAGCAGGAACGGCAGGUGCUCUGAUUCCUCACCUGCAGGCAGGUGGCUAAAGAGCUGUUGAUUUCAUCCAUCCACAGAAGCCUCAGGACCAAGAACCUUGAAACCCACCACCUGCCUUUACUAUGGAUGCCAUAGUCAAGCAAUGUGUAGGGAGACACGGGCCUGCAACCCCACCUUGUGGCGGAGGGGAAUUGUGACACACACUCUUGACGAGCUCUGUGUUAGCGUCACCAGUUAAGGGCAAGGAUUUGGAUGAUACUCUGCAGGAAGACUUUGUGUGCUUCUGAACAAGCGGGUGAAGGUGUGCACACUUAGCCAGGCAAAUCCUGGAUGAAACUCAAAGACAUCACAUCUAACAGGAUUUGGAACUGCAGAAACAAAAAUGUUACAGGGUAGGAAGUGGCAAGAGACGUGCCUGAGUAGCGGAGGAAAGGCUCACAGCCAUGGAAUGCAAAGCUCGUGCCCCUUUUCUUUGGCAGAACAAACGUCUUCCAUUCGGCCAAGGAUCAAAUCUACAGGAAGCAGUUGGUAGCUUGCUGCGCGGGGAGGGGGGGCCUCCAGCCUUUCAGGAACAGGCUUGUGCAGGGCCGAGUGCCCGGGCCGUGUACGGCAAGCAUUCUGUGCCUUCCGGCAGGGACACUUGUGUGCUGGGGCUGGGUUUGUUUUUAGAAAACUUGUGGUGGUGGAUUCAUUUCCAAAUAAUUAAGAGAGAGAGGUGUGGGCGAGCGGGCUACCUACUGAAAACGAGCGCGCGCCUGCCGGCCUGCUCCAGCACUUGCAAGAGGGGCUGCCACAAAGAAGAACGCAACGCCCGGGGAAGGCAGUAGCAACAUGGAGCACUCGAGGCAACAGCAAUGGAGAGAGCCUGCAGGUUCCACCCCACUGAAGCAACCUGGAGCCAGCAGGGCUGGGGAAGGGCCUCUGUGUGUUGCAGACCUUGGAGGUUUACGGCCAGGGAGAGUACACAGUACCGGGCUAGGUGGACCAAGGGUCCAGUUCGGCAGAAGGCCGUGCCGCAUGGUCGAAGUGUAAAAGGGCAGAGUGAGAAGCGCAGAAGCUGCCCCAGUGCUGGAAACCUGAGCAGCAGCCCAGGUCUGCCUGGGACAAAACAGGCGUGGACGUCUAGCAGGGAGGCCCUCCCCACUCUUGGCCUUUUGCUCCAGACCUGAAUGUAGGCAGGGGCGCCUUGGGCAGAAUGUGGGUGGCACGGUGCUGGGGCUGGCAUCGAGGGUGGGAAGGGGGGCCCACCCCACAGCCAAGGCCCCUGGAAUGGUGCCCCCAUCACCCUCGCGACUUGCCUUUCCACGGCCCUCUUGACUUGCUGGCAUUCCGCCCAGCAAGUGACAGCAGCACCCCAGCCUGGUGAUCAUGGUGGGGAGAAGGCAAGCGCAGGGAGGGAGGGGGCCCAUGGAAGCUGCCUCACCCAGGGGCCUGGUGGAACCGUUGGUCGGGCGGCAGGUUUGGGUGCCCCUCCUUGCUGGCGACAUGACACACAGGUCCCCCGAGCCCUAAGCGACAGGUCUGUGCCGCUCACUUCCGAGGGCCAUGUUGAUACAUGCGAAAGGCUCCGAGGCGGCGCCUGAUCUUCACCAGCCCGUGCAGGAAGAAGAUCGAAUGCCGUUGCUUCUGUGUCACAGAUGCCGCUUUUGUUUAUUCUGCAUGGGCUCAGUGUCCUCAACCUACCUCACAGGGCUACUGCGAGGAUAAAGAGCAAAUAUUCUGUAAUGCAACCCUGAGUCUCUGGGAAAGGAAAUUCUGAUCAAUAAAAUUAAUACUGGCAGAACAGUUGCAAUGUUGACAAUCCACAGGAGAAGCAAUAAAUAAAAUAGAUACACAUGA